UUACUUCCUGUGUGAAAGGUGAAACUGCUUCUGUAAGCUUCCUCUUGUGUACGGGGCAGUGUUUCUCACUUUAAUAGAAACCACUGAAACUACGUAUCCGAGUAAAUAAGUUCGCAGUGUCAAAUAUGUCGUCUGAUGAAGUAAUCGGACCUGCUUUGCCCCCGAUGUUCAGAAAAGAAAGUGAUGAAGACUCUGACCAUGAAAAAGGAUUUGCAGGCCCGGCUCUGCCUCCGGGUUACAAGCGGGGAGAACCGUCGAGUUCCUCGGAUGACAGUGAGCAGGAGGUGUCGGUCAAAAGAGCCAAGACCAGACACACGGCUGAGGACAGACCUGCAGAGGUGGAGAAAACAAAGACACAAGAAGAUGAUGAUGAUGGUUUCUUUGGACCAGCUCUCCCACCAGGAUUUAAGAAACAACAGAGUUCACCAGAACGGCCACCUAUGCUGGGACCAGCUUUGCCUCCUGGGUUUCGCAGGGCAGCGUACGAUAAUGACGAUGAUCAAAAUGGUGAAGACGGAGAGGGUGUCCCAGGGCCUGCCCUGCCCCCAGGCUACCAGGCUGAGCCUUCCAGCAGCGAGGAAGAGGAUGAGGAUGUGAUCGGACCCAUGCCGGCCAAAGGGCCUAUACAGUACUCUGUGGCUCAGGACUUCGAGCUCAGAGCACAAAGGAUGAAAGAGAAGCUGACCAGAGUCGACACUCCUGAGGUGCUGACCAGAGAAACAUGGAUGACAGAACUCCCACCAGAACUGCAGCACAUUGGCUUAGGGGCUCGAACUUUCAAGAAGAGAUCAGGUCCAGUGAACAAAGAUCGCUCCAUUUGGACAGAUACACCAGCAGACAGAGAGCGCAAGGCCAGGGAGCGCCUUGAGGGAAAGAGGAAGGGCGAGGCGGAGAAAGACAGUGUCCCACAUGUCCCUCACAAGGACUUGGAAAUUGCAGAGAAAGUGUCCAAGUAUAAUGAGUCUAAACGUGCUGAGUCUCUGAUGAGUCUGCACACAAAGAAGAUGAAGGAAAAAGCAAAAGAGAAGGCUGACAAACCUGUAGAGAGGAGACCGUUUGAUCGGGAUGAAGACCUGCAGGUGAAUCGCUUUGAUGAGGCACAGAAGCAGCGGCUGCUGAAGAAAUCUCAGGAACUGAACACACGGUUCUCCCACAGCAAGGACCGAAUGUUUCUGUAACAAAUCAUCAAAUGUAAUGUGUUCAAAUGUGCAGACCUCCAGCUACGGUCGAGCUGGUGAAAUUUUCAUACAGGGUUUUUUUACAGUAUGGACUGUUUCUACAGAUACUUACAUAUUACACAAAUUGAGAAUUUAAUUCUAUGUUGUUCUAUGAGACAGAGUAAACUUAACUGGAUGAAACAGACAAUACAGACACAGCAGUGACUGGGCUCUGUGCUACAGCAAAUGUUGCAGUGUGAUUCAAGCAGUGGCCAGUGGAGCUUGCAUUUUGGAUGAUGAAGCAAUUAUUAAAAUAAAUGAAUUAUUUUUCUUACAUUGAUAUACAGUAUAUCCUUUUGAGAUUUGGAAAAUCAUCUGUCAGAUUGAAUUUAAUUGAUACUCAUCCUGUUGGACUAAAGUCACACUGACAGUCAUUUUAAUCUGGUAUGCUAAAAUAAUUCAGGAAUAACACUGGCAUAAACACUGUCUCUCCAUGCCUCAAACCUUGCUAGAAAUAUUUUGUGUACUGUGAUUGAUUUAUUUGUUUUUUUGUAAACCAAUGUGUACAUAUUGUUUGCAUGCACCCAUUGUAGCUUUGCUGUCUGUCAUGUGUCCAGUAAACUGAUUUUGUUGUUUUAUUAAGUUGAUUAAACUUGUUUUUUAAACCUA